AUGUGUCAGAAAGAUCGGAAAGCUCGUUUAAUCGAGCCUUGGAACCGGCGGCUGGAAGCAGAGGCCAAGAUUGGUGGCUACAGAAUCCUGGCAGUAGAUCUGAUCUCUAAAAACAUCAGUCCGGUGGUGGAAGAAUUUCAACAGGCCGAACUGUCCUGCAUUAUUUCUGCCACCAAAACGGCGAAUCCUAGAAUCGAAUGGAAGAAAAUUGCCGGCCGAGGUACAACAUACGUGUAUUUUGAUGGCAAGAUGCAAGGAGAAUGGGCGAACCGGGCCCAGCUCAGCAGCAGGACGUCCCUGACCAUUUACAACGUCACCCGAGCUGACAAAGGCAUCUACCGGUGUGAGGUCGUAGCUCCCGACGACGCCAAUCUCGGCGCAGAGAUCAACGUUAACCUGACCAUUCACGUCAAACCAGUGGCCCCCAAGUGUCGGGUGCCCCCCUCGGUCCCCGUGGGAAAACCUGCCAUCCUCUAUUGCCAAGAAAAGGAAGGAUUCCCAGAGCCAAACUACAGCUGGUACCGUAAUGAUGAAACGUUGCCACUGGAUUCCAAGGCCAGCACUAAGUUCCAGAAUUCUUCCUUUACGCUGAACCCCAAAACUGGCAUGUUGGCCUUUGCCGAAGUCCAGAAAGGAGACUCCGGUCGCUACAGCUGCAGAGCCAAGAACGUCGUGGGCGAAGCCUGGUGCGAAGGGAUAGAAAUGGAAGUUUAUGACCUUAAUGUUGUUGGGAUCGUGAUCGGCGUAUUGGUGGUGCUGGUUGUUCUGUCCCUGACUACAGUGGGGAUCUGCUGUGCCUACAGGAACGGUUUCUUUGUUCAUAACAAACAAAAUGGAAACAGCUACAAGACUCCAGCGAAGCCAGAUGGCGUGAAUUAUAUUCACACAGAUGAGGAGGGUGACUUUAGACACAAGUCCUCCUUUGUGAUAUGAAACGGCAGAGACACUUGGAUUUGGCCCGGCGGCGAGAGCAGAGUGCAGAAAACCUUCCUCUCCGACUCCUCCUUGCGCAAGGGGCGACCGCUGAUGUGUGUG